AGCAUGUAGUAGUAUUGGGUUUACCUGUCAAACUUGAGCAUAUGGAGAAAUGAAGAGUGUUUUGUUUAUAUGGAUAUUAAGCUUAAGAAAACGGAGGUUUCUAGUAUAGAUUUUGAUUAUUAGGUGAUAUUUAAAGUUAUAUCAUUGUGCUAACAACAUGGACAUAUCGUUAUUUGUUAUAAAUCACCUGCGAUGGUUAUGAACAACACCAUCGAUUGACGAAACUGUCUGUACGCCGGGGCUAUAAGACACCGCGGACUCCAGAGUUUGUUUACUAGUCAUUAUUUGAGAGUUUUGUGCAAUAUUUCAUAUAAUAAUCUGAAGAUCUGUAGAUGACUUCAUUAUUAAAGUGCGGUACACUUUGUCAGCUGUGUUAGGAGUUACAAUCAUGCAGAUAUCGGAUUAGAUAUAGCAGAAAUACAAAAAAAAAACACUUGUAUUUUCUCUCAUAAUUCUUUGAAAGUCAUGUAAGGAAGAAAACAGUGGAAAUACAGAAAAGGUUGUUAAACCAACAGUUUGUGGAUAUUAACCAUGAAGACAGCUCACGAGCGGGCCCUAAAAGGGGCCACAUUGAUGUUGCUGGUCUGCUGUAGCUACGUGCAUGGUGAAAUCCGAUGUUAUUGCAACGAAGCCAAGUGCGUGUCCUCCAGUUACAUGUGUAAAUCUCAGCUGGGCAUGUGUUUCACGCAUGUCAAGGUGAAGGACGGGGUCAAAUCCAUCGUUUCCGGCUGUGCAGACUCACUGCAGGAGGAACCUCUCCUAAGCACUUGCGCUGGAACUGGAAUCGAGGCUACUGAAACGGAACUGACUGUAAACGAGACGCGUGUGAUAAAUGACGUCAUUGAUGACGUAACUGGUGUAGAAGUAAAAGAAACCACUGUUGUUGAAAGUGUAAAGGAGACAGUUGAAGUACAGAAUGUGAACCCAGUGCCUCUUGAGUCGGGUUUAAGAUGCUGUACGCUGGAUAUGUGCAAUUACAGAGACAGCAACGAGAUCACUAUCACCAUAGAUACAAAAACGAAUGACAAAGGUCUGGGAGUGAUGUCGUCUAAGAAGACGGAUGAGUCCAACAAAGCCCAGAAAGACCUCUGGUUUAAAGCGGCCGUAAUCGCGGUCCCGAUCGCUGGAGGAUUUAUUCUCAUUCUCCUCGUGUUGCUCGCAGUGCGCAUGCUCAGAACUGAUUCGAGGCAGCAUAAACGCUUGAUUCAAAUUCGGCGGGAAAGAAGUCUCACAAAAGCUCAACUUUACGUUACGGACCAUUUUAUUGAUAGAGAAAAAGACAAAAACACGUGUACCAUUGGUCAGGGUGACAGUCUUACUCAGCCUAGUAACACAAUAUUCACUGGACACGUGAAUAGUGCCAUACAUAAUAACAAUAGUCAAAAUCCUAAUUCCAAACGAGAAACUGUUCAUUCUACACACUUGAACUCAAACUCAAAAUGCCAUCAUCACCAUCAUCAUCAUCAUAGUAACAAAAAUAAUCACCCGAAGGCGACAAGGCAUCGAGACGGUCAUACGUACGAGCAGAUUCUGUCUCAGACCAAUAGUGACACUAGUACGGGGUCAGGUGAGCGAGAUUGUCAGACCUCGCCACAUUCUUCUGUGAUAGUUUGGGGGAAAUCAGACAAUACAAACUCUGCUGAUGUUGUAUAAUGUGAUUAAAACGUAGGGUAAACGAAACGUUUGUGUAAUACGUAGUCAUUGGUCGCUGCAGAGGGCAGUUGAACUGUAAGCCGGACAGUGAUUGGUUCAUAUUACGUUGCAAGAACAAUGCUGAUUGGUUAAUCGAUAGGUCUUAGAAAGUUCCUGAUUGGUUCAUUGCUCAGUGAAACUGAACAGUUUUUCGGAUGACCUAAAAUAAUCUGAGGAUGUAAUCUUAUGGAAUAAAGAUCUGCUGUACAUGAGAAGGCGGUUUGUUUAUGGUGAUUCUUGACAUGAAAAGUGGUCAAACACUCUAAAUGUAAAUACUGUAAUAUAUGGAUCUGGUUCAGUCAUGUUUUGAAUGUCAGCUUUUAAAUGCAAAAACUAGUCUUUGAUUGAUUCCAAAGUUGUUUGGUGAGAAUAAUAUGAGUUAAAUACGAAAACACUAAAGUUUCACAUUCAUAGUAAGAAAUCUCAGAGCAUUUAAAAUUAUAUAUAAUGUACAGCUAUAUUAUAAAUGUCAUUUGGGUACUAAUAAAAAGUAAAUAAUUAUUAUCAAAAGGGCUAAACAUUUCAGUGUUAGGGUGCUCAUAUAAUUCCUGUCGUUGUUACUCAUAUUGCAUGGAGGUAUUUGUUGUACGAUUUAAUCGUUGUUUUGAGGAAUAAAGAAAUUCUCUGUUUGUUUAAUAUUGCAUUAUUUUAAGAUAUUUAUUUCUGAGAAAAAUAAUAAAAUGUUAUUAAUUA